CUGAUGGUGCUGACUGCGAUUGUAAGGACCGCUCGGUUACGAAGUUUGACGAACUUUUUCCUAGCUAAUUUGGCAAUCGCUGACUUCAGUGUGGGUGUUUUUUGUGUGCUGCCGACCCUUUCAACAUUCCUGUCUCAGACCUGGAUCUUGGGAAGGAUUAUGUGCAAGGUUUACUACUUUAUGUGGAAUUUGAGCUACACGGUCUCUAUUCUGAUUCUGACGGCCAUAGCCAUUGAAAGAUAUAUUGCCAUUAGGUUUCCUCUGAAAGCUCGAGGGUGUUUUACAUCACGAAGACUUAUCCUGACUCAAGUGGUAAUCUGGGUUAUUGCAGCCACCUACAGCACGCCCUAUCUUCUUAUAUUGGACACAUUUUCAACUAAAGAUAUUGAUGGACAAGUUCUGGAAUAUUGUUUCUAUAGAAACAAGCUGAUAAACAUGAAGAUCUACACAACGGCCAAUUUCAUUGCAUGGUACACCAUACCUCUGUUAAUAAUGAUGAUCAUUUAUUACUGCAUUGGUAAGAUUUUGUGGAGGACAAGCUCUGUUUACAGAUUCACUUCGUCUAAGACUGUAAGCAAGCAACCAGACGAGUACGGAUUCACAAGCAGCUCCCAGAGCUCGGGUAUGGGAUCUCAGCUGUUGAAAAUGAGAAGUCUGCAAAACGCAGACUGUGAUUUGGUCCAAAAUGAGCCUAUGUCCAUCAAAAGCGGUCGAGGCUUUUCUAUCAAAAGACGAGAUAACUGUCAACCAGAGAGUGCCCAGUACAAUCCGCGAAAUCACUUUUUAAGAGUUACAUCUUUUAUAUCGAGAAGUGAAUCUACGAAUACAGCUAAGAUUGUCACUCCCGAUCCGUCACGAUUACGCACCAUUAAAGCUGUGCGAAGUCGCCGUAAAGUGAUCAGACUUCUCGUUGCUGUUGUUGUUCUGUUUGCUCUGUGUGUUCUUCCGCAUCAUAUACGCCUUCUGUUAAAAUGGUGGGGAAUAAGAUCAGUCCUCAAUGCCGGAAUUUUUUCGCCUAUUUCCUUUUUGAUUUUAUACUCAAACAGUGCUUUCAAUCCAAUUUUAUAUGCCUUAUUUUCUGCAAAUUUCAGAAAAAGUUUCAAAGAGUUUAGUCCACUCAGAUUUCUUAGACGCAGAAAACGUUCUCUUCUUUUUCAGGAAACUAAGCUUUUUGGAAUUAACUGA